AGGCAGAAGCGGCGACGCAUGCGCAGACGAGGCAGCACCAAGUGCUUAAGGAAUGGUAAACCUUACCUGCUCCGUCAGUUCAGGUUGAGCGCUCGAGUUGGUCGGUUCGCGUUACCAUUGCCAUUGCCAGAGAUCACGGAUCACAGAGAUCAGAGGGCUCUUCCAGUGGAUACGAUACUACCCGUGUGCCUAGCUUUAAAUCCAUCAUCGGUCGUGAAGUGUGAAGUGAAAAGCCAAUUCGGACCCCAGAAACGAUAUAAGAACGAGAGUGCCUCGAGUGCUUCAGUACCAAGUACCCAAGUACCCAGUACGCCCCAAGUACAGCCAAUAACCCAACAAGAAACCAUCGACCAUCAACACACACUGCUACAAAAUGGAAUACCGGUGCUUAAGUAGAAGUUCUGUCAAACACCUAACGGCUCUCUGCGUCAUCAGCAUCGCACUCACCUGCGCAAACGCGGCACUGUGGCCGAGUUACAGCAGCACCGAUGACGACGCGCCCCUCAGCCGGUGUGCCGGUGGGCGUGGCCUGAAGUACCUGUCCGGCGAUGCGCUCACGGACUCGCCCGACUGCCUGGGACCCAACAAUGCGCCGUAUCCAAGCGCGGCCGUGGCGCGCACCUUCUCCAACUGGAACGGAAACUCGCGACGUGGCCGCCAGAGCAAAUUGCCCAGCACGCUGGACCCCGCCAUAACCACCAGUGCUCUGCUGCGGGCCUACGACGAGGUGAAUAACGAGGCCGUCGGAAGCAGUCGCUACGGUCGAUCGCUGAAGAACGCCUCGCCGGAGCAGCAGUGCAAGAGCGAGACACCGGCGCGACUGUGCAAAACGCGCUACAACACCACGGCGCCCAUGUAUGGUGUUAGUCUCACCUCCGGCCAGCCGGUGACCAUAGUCCAGAAGUUCCCCGAUCUUCUCCAGCAGGUGGUCUUUGAAGUGUGCGAGUCCUCUGAGUGCGACGUGGUCCGGGGAGAGUGUACGCAAACCUACGUGCCUUACUUGUUCCUGGUCAUUCCCCUUGGCCCGGUGACUCUGACUGGCCAGGACUAUGUGCUGGUGGAGAGCGGAUGUGUGUGCAAGCCAAAAUACUCGACGGGCGCUGCCCAGGAGCCCAACAUGAUACCGUAGGCGGGGGCGGGGUCAACAAAAACACCCCCAUCCACCCCACCAGGAACAACAACAACAACAGCAACCAAAAGAACUGAGCGAGUUUUGGGUCGUAGCGGAGCGGAGCUGAGCUGGGCUGGCUGGCUAAAUUAAUGUGUACUUAAACGAGGAAUUAUUUUUUGUAGCGAAAUCAAUUUUGCAAUGUUAUUUAAUGUUUUCCCCAUCUUCUCAUUUUCUCCUCCUUUCAUCCCCCCCUCUCAGCUGUAUAAAAUUGAAAUGGAAUUUUGCUCGAAAAAUAAUCAAAUCCUAAUGUUAAGUCUAAAUUUAAACAAAAUUGAAUUAAUGCCUUUGUGCAUUUGUAGUGUGUAUUUAUUAGAACCCUUAAUUACGGCAUUCGAAAAUGCAAAAU